GUUUCGCUUUUCCUAGAAAAUAGUUCUCCCCAUUUCGUGUCCUUUCUGUGAACUCACCUGCUAAAAUACUUGAAACUUUUUCAGUAGCAUUUUCAUUAAGUUUUGCUGGAGUUGAAUUGUGAUUUAUGUGCAGUUUUCCAAAGUGUAUAAAAUCGUAUUCCAGCAGCAUAUUUAAAUAUAUAUGCAUACAUACAUACUAUAUACAUAUGUGACUAUAAGUGUUGUGCGUGUUCAGGCGCAUGCUAUUUUUAAAGCCGCCUUAAUCUUAAUGGAUUUUUAUACCAGCCUAUUUCACCUCGCCAUCUAUAUUUUCAGCCUUCUCUCGCUCGUCUCUUCGUCUCUCUGCUGAAAAGUAAAAUUAAUUAAUGUCUUGUUAUUUAUAAAAACAAAAAAAAAAACUAAACCCAAAUCCAACGACGUGCAAAGGUGUGAAGAGAAAUAUUCUCGAUUGGAAUAAACAAUAUUUUUAGGCAACCGAAAAAAAUGUCGCCAGCACAUUUGAUUUUAUGUGUGCUGAGCUGCAUUGCAUUUUCCGGAGUUGCAAAUGCCGUCUAUGAGGAUUGUCAGACACCGCCGCCUGUGGAUCAUGCCCAAGCAGAGUUGUUUGUUAGCGAAUCGAAUCAUGUGAACACUGCCAUCUACAGCUGUGCUUCGGGGUAUGUUCUCAAAGGUCCCAAGGAGCUGCUGUGCAAUGUGGACACCGAAGAAUGGCAGGGCGAACCUCCCAUCUGCCUCAAAGCGAAGGGCACGCAUUCGGAACGCAAACAGAAAUUGCUGGCCAUUGCCGAGGAUUUAAAUGUGCCCGCUAAGUUGGUGCCGCAGCUUGACUUGAGCUGCAUUCAAGCUAAAGUGGAGGCGCCACAAAUUAGUCACGGCAUUGUGGCAAGAUACGAAAGGAAAAGACGCGGAGAGAAGGUUUUCCUUGUGGCGUAUUAUGCGUGUAACGAGAACUACGAGUUUGAGAACACACAGAAUUAUGCUUUGUACUGUGGAGCCAAGCAAUGGGUGGGAGAUUUGCCCGCUUGUUAUCCACGUGUGGAAUAUACCGACGAUGACGACGAAAAUGACGAUGUCGGGGAUAAUGCCAACGACGAUGACUAUAAUUAUAAUGAUUAUGAAGCGGUAGAGGAAGAAACCGAGACGCCAAAUCCAGUGAACGAUACAUUGGAGGGCGUGAAGCUACCGCCGCCUCCACCGCCAGUUGAGGAAGUGGAGGAGCAGCCACAAGUGCAACCUGAAACUCUGCCUGCUGUGCCAACUAAUGUUGAGAUCGAGACAGUUGCUGAACCUAAGACUGAAGUACAAGCUGCAGUUGAGACUGAAGUACAAACUCCAGUUGAAAAUGAAGUACAAACUCCAAUUGAGAAUGAAGUGCACACUGCAGUUGAGCCGCAGGUGGAACAAGUUGAGGAGACGGCAGCUCAUCCCGAAGUGGAAUUGAAACCUGACAGCGAAUCCGAAUUUGUGGUGCCCGUUGACGAACCAAAGGCAGAGCCAGAAUUAGUGCCCAGUGCUGAGGCAACUAAUCAAACGGAGACACAGAUUGUGACUGAGAAUGUCACCGACAUCAACAUUGUUGUUGCACCCACAAAUGAUCCUUAUUCACCUCGACUACUGGACGAGAAUUGCGGUGAAGAUCGCGGUGGUUGUGCGCAAAAAUGCGAGCGUGUGUUGUUCCCUGGAGAGAAUGAACCGCGUCUCAAGUGUAGCUGCUAUCAGGGUUUCACUCUGGAUCCUCAGGAUUAUUCCACCUGUCAUGAUAUUGACGAGUGCCAGGAAUCGAAUGGCGGUUGCUCGCAGAUCUGUAACAAUUUGCCCGGUGGCUACGAAUGCGGCUGCGAGAAGGGCUACGAGAUUGACGCAGCUACUCGCAACACCUGUGUGGAUAUUGAUGAAUGUGCGCUACCCCAAGUGAUUGCCGAGUGCGUCAAUGGCUGUGAGAAUACGCCUGGUUCCUAUCGCUGUGUGAUUGCUUUGAACACCAAGGAGGAAGCUGAGGAGGAGGAAAAGGAAGAGGACGAAGAAGCUGUCAAGCAAACAAAAGAGGAGGAACACAACAACGAAAUUGAAGUCGGGCCUGAGGAACCGGUUAAGGCUGUUGAGACGGAGCCUCAACCUGAACUCAAAGUUGAACCCGAAGUUGAACUCGAAGUUAAACCCGAAGCUGAACCCGAAACUGUGCCUGUAACUCCCAAAUCAACUUGCAAUCCAGGCUUUGGGCUCUCGCCCGACGGCAGCGUCUGUCAGGACAUCAACGAGUGCGACAUUGUCGUGGAGGAUCGAGUCAACUGCGCUCCGGACAACUGUGAGGCUCUCGACAAUCCCCAACUGAAUCGCACACGUUGUGCGCAUCAAUGUGAGAACCUGGAGAGCGGCGGCUACGUUUGCCUCUGUCCCGAGGGCUACAGACUAGGUGAAGACGCACACAGCUGCGAGGUGGUGGAGAGCGUUUGUAGUCGUGAGCAGGGACAUGAGAGAUGUCGUCCAGGAAGUUGUCUGGUCAGCGAGGACAACAGCACUUUCAGUUGCCUGUGUCCACCUGGAUAUGCCAGUGAAGUGUUCAGCUGCCAGGACAUCGAUGAAUGUGCUCAGGGCACACACAAAUGCAGCCACGAUUGUUUCAACACAGCGGGUGGCUAUCAAUGCUUGUGUCCACGUGGCAUGUCGCUUCAGGAACCCGAAGGACACGCUUGCGUGGCUCCCGAUCCUUGUGCUGUGAACAACAAUGGCUGCGAGCAGCUUUGCCGUAGUGCUGAAAAUGGCAUCUGCGCUUGCAGCAAGGGUUAUGUACUUAGUGAGGAUGGCAAGAGUUGCAACGAUGUGGAUGAAUGUAAGGUGAACAACGGUGGCUGUCAGCAGCUGUGUCGCAAUGUGCCAGGUGCGUAUGAAUGCCACUGCUCGACGGGCUACGAGAUGCUUCAGCUGCCGGGACUUUCCUCCGACUACUGCUUCGACAUCGACGAAUGCGCCCAGAAUACGCACAGCUGUGAGCCGCCGCUGCAAUGCGAGAACUUAAACGGUUCCUAUACUUGCUUAUGUGAACCGGGCUACGCUUGGGGCUACGACAAUCGUAUUCAUGAAUCAUCAUCUGUCACAUCAACAUCAUCUGCAGCUUCAUCACCAUCCGCUUGCUUGGACAUUGACGAAUGCUCGCUUGCAAAUGCAAACUGCUCGCAUUUCUGCAUCAAUUUGCCGGGCAGCUUUCAGUGCGCUUGUCCCUUGGGAUUCACUUUAAACCCGGACGAUCGCAGUUGUAGCGAUCAUGAUGAGUGUCUUCAGCAGAAUGGCAACUGCGCGCAACUCUGCUUGAAUCAACCGGGUGGCUUUGCCUGUGCUUGCAACUCAGGUUUUGAGCUGGCUCCCGAUGGCUUCGGUUGCUUGGACAUUGAUGAGUGUUCGCUCGAUUUUGGUAAUUGCAGCGGCAUUUGCAUUAAUCUUAUAGGUUCGCAUGAGUGUGCCUGUGAUCGAGGAUAUGAACUUACGGCUGAUGGCACUUGCCAGGAUGUGGAUGAGUGUGCGGGCUUACUCUCAGGUGGUUGCACACACGAGUGUAUCAACAAACCGGGCAGCUUUGAGUGUGGCUGUCCCUUGGGCUAUCUGCUGCAGGAGGACGAACGCAGUUGUCGUCCAGCUCUCGUCGGUUGUCCCCCGGGUACUGAGAAGUCGGAGCAAGGCUGCUCGCCCAUCGAGUGUGGCGAGGGAAUGUUGAUCGGGGUCGAUGGCAGCUGCGUGGACAUCGAUGAGUGUCAUGUGAACAAUGGCGGCUGCUCGCAUCUCUGCGAGAAUGCUCGAGGCUCUUUCAAGUGCGACUGUCCCACGGGUUACAAGCUAGCGGAGAAUGCCCAGGAUUGUGUGGACAUCGAUGAAUGUGCGGUGAACAAUGGCGGCUGCGAGGAGUCGUGUUUGAAUGAACCUGGUAGCUUCAAGUGCUCGUGUGGCGCCGGCAAGAAGUUGUCCUUUGAUGAGCGCAGCUGCUACAAAACAUUCGAGGUGCUCAAGCCAAGCUUGCCGCCUGCUCAGAUACCGCUCUCGGAGCCUCGACCAAUGCCUCUAACGCCGCUGGGCGAGGAUCUGUUGCCACAACCAGCUCCAUCGCCAGUGCCGUUGCCUGCCCCAAGACCGGUGCCAACUUUGCCACCAUUCACAUCAAAUCAGUUGCCGAAACAUAGACCGAUUCCACUGCCAGCUCCGAGACCAGUUCAUUUACCUACACCUAUCGCCCCACAGUUGCCCAGCGAUCGAUGUGUGCGCUUCGAGGCACCAGCCAAUGGCAGGGCGCAUUGCAAUCGGUAUCGCCACAAGCGCAAGUUGCACUACAACACGCGUUGCAAGGUGCGUUGCAAUGCUGGCUAUGUGCUCUUAGGUUCGGAGAUUCGCAACUGCGGCAUCACGGGCAACUGGGAGGGAGAGGAGAACAAGUGUGUGCCCGCACAUCACUCUCGUGGCGUAUGGCUAACAGACACAACUCCACGGCUGACAUCACCUGCUGUGUGUCCUCCACUGCCUGCCCCCAGCAAUGGCGUCAUCGUCCCAGCUAACUGCACGCGAGUCGCCUCCACUUUCGGCACCGUCUGCAACCUGCAGUGCAACAUGGGCUUUGUGCCAGUUGCCGGAAUGUUCACCAGCUGCUUCAAUGGCUGGAGCUUGGGCAGCGUCUUGGAGUGCAAACGUUUUGGCUCGAAUGUCUUUGACAGUCGCAUGUCCACAAGAAUUGUUGCUCCUUGGCAAGCACAACAAACGUUUAGACAGCAGUCGAGACCACAGCAAUCUGUUCGUUUACCACAACCUCGUAUCAAGCUCUUCAUUACUUGCCCGGAGAAUGUUGUCAUCAUGCUGGGACCACAGCAGACAAAGGCUCAUGUUAUUCUCCAGCGUCCGGCGACAAAUGCGGAUUAUCGCUACGUGGCUGCAUCUCCGACUUGGGCUAGGCAACUGCAAGGACAUUUACCUGAAGGAGUCCACAAAGUCAUUUUCCGUGCAACCGAUCCGACGACUCAACAAUCGGUUGGCUGUCAAACGCUCAUCACGAUUAGAAGAUCGCCAGCAACAUUGAAUUCGAAUCCUUUUGCUUCCUUGCAAACUUUUAGAUCCUUCUCAUUGCCUCCACGUCAACCUGCUAGAUUACCCGACUUUAACUUCAACCAGAAAUUCGCCAAGCUAACGGAUGCAACGUUGCCGAGACCAGCUGAGAGUCUGGUUGAAGAUACGCCUUCUACGCAUCACGCCGAGAGCAAUCGCAUUGAUCUGGGUUCAUCCACAUCCAGCUACUGUCCGCCUUCGUUUGAGGUGCAUCUGAAGGAGCAUCAGAACCUGCGCUCUGUUCUUUGGGAAGAACCACGCUUCGAGGGCAAACUCCUGAAGAUCUUCAAGUCGUCGUUCCCUGGUGCGUUGUUUGGUGCUGGUGAUCACACUGUGAAAUACGAGGCAACCACAACAGAUGGACGAACUCUUCAGUGUACUUUCAUAAUCCAUGUCAAACCUGCCUCAGCUUCUUUAACAGCGACGCAUGCAAGGCUCAGUUAUCCUGUCGAGCAGGAAACACACAGCAGUCUCUUCGCUGGCCAUGAGUCCUACGUUAUUUGUCCCGAUAAGGAGCCAGUCAGAGUCACAUCGCAACAAUCUGUCAACCUGCCCGUGGGCUGCAGUCUGAAGAACGUUCGGCCGAAGUCAAGUGCAUUAACAAAGCCUAAACGCGGUCUGCUCACCUCGCUCUGGCGUCAAUAUGGGAGUUACUAAUUAAUCGUUAGUCAAUUAUCGUUAACUCAAUUUACUUAUAUCGAACUUUUUUAUAAACUCA